AUGACGACUCUCGUUCUAGGCGGCAGCAAGGGCAAAACCUCCAGCCGCCUCGCCUCCCUUCUCUCUGAGAACAAUAUCCCCUUCGUGCUCGCUUCGCGCUCCGUUUCAAACUCGUGCCCUUAUCCCCAGAUACACUUCGACUGGCUUGAUGAAAAGACAUACGGAGAGCCAUUUAAACAUGGUGAGAUCUCUGCCGUCUACAUCGUCGCUCCCCCAGUCACAGACAUGUUCCCGCCCAUGAAGGCGUUUAUCGACUUUGCCUUCAAAGAAAAACGUGUUAGGCGUUUCGUACUCCUCAGCGCGAGUUCCCUCGAGCGAGGAGGCCCCAUGAUGGGUCAGGCGCACGAUUAUCUGCUCAAGUUGGCGACAGAGCACGAGGGAUUGGAGUACGCGGUUUUGAGACCGACGUGGUUUAUGGGUGUGUCGAGAAAAAGUGUUUAUAUUGCGUCUGUUUCAUUAACAAACGGGAAAAUCCCUUUUGUCUCUGUGGACGAUAUUGCGGCCGUGGCGUCCCGCGCGUUGGUCGAUGAGAAGUCUCAUGACAUGGAGCAUGUUAUUCUUGGUCAGGAGUUGUUGUCUUAUGAUGAUGGUUGGGGUUACAUCCUAUGGUCGUUUCCAGUUUUUAAUUGUAACCUGCUGACAUGUCUCUUCGUCAAGGUUGCCGCCAUUCUCUCCGAUGUCUUAGGCCGGAAAAUCACCCACGUGAACCUGUCAGAAGAGCAGCUCGCUGCUGGCAUCGUUGCAAACGGUAUUCCUGAAGAUUAUGCCGCGAUACUGGCGGCCAUGGAUACGGCAAUCGCCCACGGCGCAGAGAACAGGCUGAACAACACAGUCAAAAAGGUAACGGGCAGGACGCCUCGGAAGUUUCGCGACUUUGCGAUUGAGAAGAAGCAGGCCUGGCUCUGA